AUGGCCAGUCUCAAAGCAGCAUACCCAUGGAUCAAGCUUCCUUUGGUUGCUUCAGCACCUAUGCUAGGAGCAUCGACUCCUCGACUGGCCGCUGCAGUGACGAAUGCCGGGGGAGUGGGAUUUCUACCUGGAGGCUCUAACGCAGGGACUUUGGAUCGCCUAUUACAGGAGGUCAAGACCAUAUUGGGAAGCACUUCAGGCACAGGUUUACAAUCACGACCUGGAAUCCUUCCAAUCGGCGUCGGGUUCCAACUGUUUAACUCCACUCAAUCUCUCGACUCCAUCGCAGCCGUAAUCAAGAAGUAUGUACCUGCAGUCGUGUGGCUAUUCGCCCCCAAGGAAAACGUUGAUCUUCAACAAUGGUCAAAACGGAUUCGGAGCGAGACUGAGAACAAGACGCAUAUUUGGAUCCAAGUGGCGAACCAAGCUGAAGCAAUGGAAAGUAUUAAACUUGCGAAUCCUGAUCUGCUUAUUCUGCAAGGAGCAGACGCUGGCGGUCACGGAAGACGACAAGCGGCAAGUUUGAUCAGCCUGGUCCCGGAAGUGUUGGACUCUUUACAAGAGGCUGGAAAAGAGGACAUUUUUGUUCUUGCCGCUGGAGGCAUCGUCGAGCCGCGAGCUGCUGCUGCCGCUUUGGCAUUGGGUGCUUCAGGGAUAGUAAUGGGCACGCGGUUCCUGGUAGCUGAAGAAGCCGGUAUCGCACAAGGUUGGAAGCAGGCGUUGCUGCGUACAAAGGAUGGCGGCGUUGCCACGGUUCGAUCAACGCUCUGUGAUCGAAUCAAGGAGACGAGACCCGAAUGGCCAGUUGAGUACGAUGGGCGACAAUUAAGGAACAAGGGCCACGACGACGAGGAUGCGGGAAUGCCUGAAAUGGAGAACAUCAAACGUUACAAAGAAGAGAUGAAGAAGGCCAGCGAUGUUAAUGCUUGGGAAAAUGAUGGACGAAUGGUGGCAUACUCGGGCACUGGGGUUGGUCUGAUCAAGAACAUUCAGCCGGCUGCGAGCAUUGUGGAAGAAAUCUUACGUGGAGUGCGGCCUGUUCUAGAGCGCUCGGCAACGGCAUUAGAGCAUGAAGGGAAGCAGUCAAAUCUGUAG